AUGGACACGCACUUGAGCGGCCUCCAGCGCGACGGCUUUGUCGUCAUCCCAGCCCUCCUCUCCGCUGCAGAAACCAGCUCUCUGCGCAACGCAGCAACAACCGCCACAGCACUCACGCGCUCCGGCCAAUGGCCCUACUUUCGCACAGUGCCCAAGCAAUUCCCGCCCUGGCCUAGGGAUGUGCCUCCAGCCUCAGAGGGCGGGAUAUGGGGUGUCCAGCACCUGCUGCACCCGGACAUGAGCGGGCGCGCGGAGUUUGCAAAGUUCUACUUUUCAGAGAAAGUCCUCAAGGUUGUUGAAGAAUUAUUGGGAUUGGCAGGACAAGACGAAGAAGAAGAAGACGGAGAAGGAGAACUUCUAGUCAUGGAAUUGCUCAACCUGCUCGUUGCACCGGAACAGAAGGAUUUUGAAUUACGCUGGCACCGCGACGACAUCCCCGCAACCGUCAGCCCGGAGGAAGAGAUGAGAUUGCUCAAAGCCAAAAGCCCUAAUGGUCGCCAAUCGCAUGCCCAAUAUAAUCUGGCUCUGUGUCCGGAUACUUCUCUUAUAGUCGUCCCAGGCUCGCAUCGACGUAUACGCACUGAGACGGAACGCGAUGCUGACCCUUAUGAACCCAAUAUGCCCGGACAACUGACUGUGCACCUUGAGCCGGGUGAUGCGGUCUUUUAUGAUUCGAAUAUAUUGCAUAGAGGAGUAUACAGACAUAAACCUGUUGAGACAGGCGAAGAGACGCGGCUUACGUUACAUGGCAGUGUCGGGCUUAAGGAGAAGGAAUCUAGGGUCAGGGCUACUGCUGUGUUGCAACAUAGUGUUGGCUUGUGGAUUGAUAGAGAUGAUGCGAGUUUGUCACAUAUUAGCGAGAGAGCGGAGAAGAUGAGGAGAAACCUGAUUGCUAUGGGCAGGGGGGAGGACGUUGGAUAUUCUUUAGAGGGGUAG